AUGGCUGACAAGGGUCAUGACGAUGCAGUUCCUCAGGUGUGGGGGAAGGGCGGUGCUACUUCUAUCUCGAAUCAGUCAACCAUCGAACGAAACAUUUCAGCGCGAAACUCCCCAGAUGAACCAGCAUUGGCUCCAGCAUCUGUGGAUAGAGACAUUUAUCACGUGUCAUUGUGCCAGCAGUCUCGAGAAGCCCCCCCAACCCCCGAAAGGCAGUGCUUCUCCCUUUCUUCGACCCAGGUGCAUGCACAACACACAUCAGAAUGUAUAAUCAAGAACAAUGACUUUCAGCCUGGAUUACCAUUCACCCUAGCGGAGUUCGCGCCUCCAAACACCGUCAAACGAUCGUCGCUGGAAGAUUGGGGCUCCAUUGAUGCAACACUACAUUGCAGAAAUAGCCCACAUCAAGAUCAAUCUAUACUCGAGGCGGAUCAUCUCUAUAUCCACGACAUCACUGCUCCUGACUCCAAUUCUCCGAUAAGUGACCUGCACGAGUCAGAACUAUUCCCCUUACAUGAAAGUGCUGGCUCAACCGAUGCAACAUUUCCCGCAUCGACCGGUAACGCCGGUCAGGUCUACGUCCGAAGUAUCUGA